UACUGUCUUUCAGUUCUUUGAAAAGGAAAGGCGGGGCUCCUUUGGGAGCCCACUCGCGCGCGCGCUUCGCCUCGCGCUUCACUCUCCUCCCUCUUUGUAUAGGAAUAAGAAGGGUCGAUCUAUGUGAGGCGACGGUCGGUCUUGUAAUGUGAAAUCCCUUGUGUUUAUCACAUUUGAUAUUAUUACCAGUUUCUCCUCGUGAUUCCCAUAUUGCAGCAUGGCUGCCUAAGUCCCUUGAAAGGGGCUCGACUCUGAAGCCUUGGAGAUAGUUUUCUGCAAGAAUAAUUACUCAGACCACUAUCAAGGAGAACUUCUAAUAAGCAUGACCUGCUAUCUUUCCUUAGGGAACAAGUACAUAAGAAUAGAUUUUCCCCCUACAAAGCUGCAUUGUUGUGUUAAAUCCAAUAAUAAUUUAAUAAUAUUGAAGCAACCUGGUUAAAAUUAUGCUGAAAGAUUUAGUGGCAACGUAAGGAACUAAGUAGUCCAGGGCAAUUCAGAGAUGGUUAGUGUCCAAAGCAAGUUCAUAGUUGCUGGCAGAGAUGGCCCUUGCCUUAAUAGUUCCAUCGUUGGUGUGAGGAGAAGGCCUUGAAUGUCAUCUUGGUGAGGAAAGAUGCAUUUCAAAAAAAUUAUAUUUAAAUAAGAGUUUUUAUGGCAUAAGGAGAAAUGUCAAAAUGCAUAUACCUUAUUUAAGUUGACUUUUCCUCAGUAUCAUAAAGUCUGGCACUUCACUUUGAAAACUGAGAAUGACACCUGCUCCUAAUGUGUUUUCUUGGACGUCCUUUGCUUUCAGUAGGGCUCAUGUCUAAGUACACAUGGUUAGGAUUGAGGCCUCAGUUUCUUCAUGGUAUUUCCUUUAUUUCUAGGCUGCUUUGUGUCUCCAUCCCACCCAUCCCUUUUAAAAUAAAAGUAAGAAGGGAGACAGUAUUGCUAGUAGAGAGGACUAGUAGUUUGACAGUAACACAUUACACUAUUACAGUGCUAUUUUCCAAUUUAACUGCUACGGCCUCUUCCUGUGGAAUCCUGGGAUUUUACAGUUUAGGGAGGAGCCUUUAGAAUUAGCAGCCAGAGAACUCUUAGGCUUCACUAAACUACAAAUCCCAGAAGUCCACAAAAGGCAGCCAUAGCAGAUAGUGGAACCAUAGUGCUAUACAAUAACAGUGAUAUGUGAUAUUGGUCUAAGAGUAGCUUGUGGAAAAGAAAGUAAUUGUUCAGUGACAAGGACAAAAUGCUGAAUAAUUAAGACACUUUAAAUGGGGUGUUUAAAAUAAGGAAUUGGAUGUAAUGUUUCACUUUCAGGUUCUUGUUUUAUUAUGGCUUGGAAGUUAAUCACACUUGCAUAAAACUAUCUCCAAGGCUUCAGAUUCGUCCCCUUCUCCUAUCCUGCUUCAUCAUAAUGAGCACUUUUGACACUUUUGCGGCCAGAUUGAAGAACAUUGCGAAUAUUAGUGAACUGAAGUAUGAUCUGUCGUGUGAACUCUAUAGGAUGUCUACGUUUUCAACUUUCCCUCUGCAUGGACCAGUGUCUGAAAGGAGUCUUGCCCGUGCUGGUUUCUAUUACACCGGUGUGAAAGACAAAGUGAAAUGCUACAGUUGUGGCUUAAUGUUGGACAACUGGAAAAAAGGUGACAAUCCCAUGGAUAAGCAUAGACAGUUGUAUCCCAGUUGCAGUUUUGUUCAGAAUUUCACUUCACUGAACAAUCUUGGGUCUUCAUUUUAUUCUGCCUUUUCACCUCCAUCUUCCUUUGUUGGACGUUCUUCCCGUUCCCCAACACAAACACCAACUUUGGAUCAAGUUGGAUAUUUCAGUGGAAGCUUUUCCAGUUUUCCCCAGAGUCCACUCACAUCUAGGCCAGCAGAAGAUCUGUCACACUUGAGACCUAAAGUUGCCAACACUGCAAUGAGCACAGAGGAAGUCAGAUUGCACACAUUCAAGGCAUGGCCCCUGACAUUUCUGUCACCUUCAUCUUUGGCAAAAGCUGGAUUUUAUUACAUAGGGCCUGCAGAUAAAGUGGCUUGUUUUGCCUGUGGUGGUCAGCUGAGUAACUGGGAGCCAAAGGAUAAUGCCAUGUCGGAACAUCGGAGGCACUUUCCGAAUUGCCAUUUUGCGGAACAAGCUCAAGACCAGACCAGCUUCACAGUCUCCAAUCUAAGCAUGCAAACCUAUGUAGCACGUGUUGGCACUUUCAAAAACUGGCCAAUGACAGUUCCAGUUCAGCCACAGCGGCUUGCAGAUGCUGGCUUUUAUUAUGUAGGCCGCAAUGACGAUGUCAAGUGUUUCUGCUGCGACGGAGGACUCAGGUGUUGGGAGUCUGGGGAUGAUCCAUGGGAGGAACAUGCUAAAUGGUUUCCAAGGUGCGAGUAUCUGAUUCACAGGAAAGGGCAGGAGUUUGUCCGUCAUGUUCAAGCAAGAUUCCCUCAUCUUCUAGAACAGCUGUUAUCCACUUCAGAUACCCCUGUGGAUGAAAACACCGGUCCACCAAUUAUUCAUUUUGAGCCUGGUGAAAAUGGUUCAGAAGAUGCAGUCAUCAUGAAAACCCCAGUGGUUGAAGCUGCCUUGGAGAUGGGAUUCAGAAGAAGACUGGUCAGGCAGACUGUUCAAAGUAAAAUCUUAACAACUGGGGAGAAUUACAAAAACAUAAAUGAUCUUGUGUCUGACCUCAUUACUGCAGAGGAAGAAAAGGAAGAGGAGAAGGAGACGCAGGUGGAGGAAUCGGUAUCAGAUCUGUCCUUAAUCAGAAAGAACCGUAUGGCGUUGUUUCAGCGCUUGACAUGUGUGCUUCCUAUUCUGGAAUGUUUAUUAACCUUCAAAGUAAUAACUGACAUUGAACACCAAGUUAUUAAACAAAAAACCCAGACACCCCUGCAAGCAAGAGAACUGAUUGAUACCAUCUUGGUGAAAGGAAACAAAGCUGCAAACAUAUUCAGAAAUUGUUUACAAGAAUGUGAUCCAGUGUUAUACAAAGACUUGUUUGUGGAGAAGAAUAUGACAUACAUUCCAGCAGAAGAUGUUUCAGGCCUGCCUAUGGAAGAACAGUUGAGACGACUGCAAGAAGAAAGAACAUGCAAAGUUUGCAUGGACAAGGAAGUGUCCAUUGUUUUCAUCCCAUGUGGCCAUUUAGUAGUUUGUAAAGAAUGUGCCCCUUCCCUUAGAAAAUGCCCCAUAUGCCGGGGAACAAUCAAGGGUACGGUGCGGACAUUUCUCUCAUGAAGGGGAUGUACUUUUUAAAUCUGUGCUCAGAGUUCACUAAAGACACCAUGCUCUCUAAAGUGGCUGUAAAACAAUUCUAGGGCAAAAUUUUGGGGUCAGCCUUGUGCAGUGUUGGAAUGGCCUGCUAAUAAUCCAGGCAAGCUGGCCAUGUCACGGUGCCUUGAAACAGCAUUUUUUUUAAGAUGGGGUGUUCAACCUCACAUAGUUCAUUGCAGCUGGUGUCUUUCAAACAUUGCUGUGAAUGAUUUAUGAACCUUUUGGGAGCUUUUUAUGGGAGAACUGACCUCCAGUAUUGCUGUUCUUUGUUAGUUCAAAAUAUCUUUUAUAUGGAUUCUUACUAUAAAUAAAUCUUAAGCAUCUAUGCAGGAACUGUUCUGGUUGCAGAGCAGAUUAGAUAACCACCAAGAGUUUUAUAUUAUUUCUUAAUGGCAUGUUAUUUCUAAAUGUCAAAAUAAUAAACAUUGCUUAUUGGUAAAAGUUCAGCAAAUAAAGUUUUUGAAAUUUAUUAUCAGACUUGUUUCAUAAAGCAAUGGUAAGCAAUUGUGGAAGGCUAGGGGUCUGCCCACCAACAGACCCGGGAGGAUUACACCCCAGUUGCAACCAUUCCUGUAAAAUCAAAUGUUUUUGCCUGCAAAUGCCUUCUAGGGCAUUUCCCCAUGUUUCUGGGUCUUUCUGGACCCCUAGAGUCCUUUGGCCUUUUGAGAAAGGCCAAAACAUUUAUUUUUACCUCUGAUGGAUCCAGAGGAGUUCCAAAUGUGGUGAGAAGCCUUCCAUGCCCCAUAGAUCAUUUUGGAUCGUUUCAGAGCAAUACUGUCCCUGGGAGGCAGCCUUGGGGAUCCAUGCUUUGCCCACCCAUGAAUUAAAAAUUACAGGGUAAACAGUGUUUCCAGGCAUUUGCUGCUAUUCUGAUUUGACUGAAUGUUUUAUUGGUUGCAAAGGCUGGAUUAAGGAAAGAUAGAACAUCACUGUGCUGAACAGAAUUUUGUUUACAUAUGAACUCAUAUUUGUAUUUCCUUAUAGUGGAACAAUGGUAGCUUCCUAUAUUUGUUCCAGGCAAAAAUAAAAGUUCCAUGUUCUUAGGG